UGUAGCUACUAGGUCUAGUUUGCACUACCCUGCUUUACAUCAAGAUAGAGACGGAAAAUGCUAGUUAGUACUUCAUACAAAAAAAUCACAAGGGAGGUGAGUCAUACAAUCUUGAGUAAAUAAAUGGCGUGCUACUAAAGAUAAAGAUUCAGUUCUCCAUCCAUUCAUUUCCUAGGGCCAUUACUGAAAUACCACUUCCGUCAAGGGGCCAAUGCAAAAACAUUCCCCCGAAUGGAAAUGCCCGCUUCUGGAACCUACAUCAUGACUUUCACCCGCUCUACGACCUCUCACCGAUGUGUGGCCCCCACCAUGCACCCCCUCACAAGGGUGACGUUGUCAUGUGGCCACCGCAUAUAUAGGAACAGUCCUCGACCCCAUCUUCCAACCUACACACCCGCUCCCCCGCUUCAUUAAAAACUUUGCCAAGUUACCAAUUCCGGCGAGGUUCCUUUUCCUCAAUGACUAUGAUGAGGCACUAGCGGUCAUAUGUAGAGGUGUGGUCGUGGAGAACAUAAAGACGCUCAUUGUAGCGGAGGUACUGAAGUGGCUUGAGAAGAAGAGAAGCCGUGACAAACGACACUUCCUGGGGCAUAUCAAGUUUGGGAUCGGGCUUGAGAUGGAGAAAGAAUGGGAGGAGUUUCUGGUCGACUCCACGGACUCCGACUUGGACCUCGGGCAUGAUGGGGUGGUUGAGGAGGAUUACAACGACGACGUUGUCGAGAUCAAGCCAUUUGUCUCCAUCAGUAGGUCCCUCUCCAAAGAUGACUUAUGCACCAUGCCUACUGGUGGUUUUGAUAGUCCUGCACAAAGGUCAGCAAAAAGGAAGAGAAAGACCCAUUACAAGGGUAUACGGCAACGCCCCUGGGGUAAGUGGGUUGCAGAAAUUAGAGAUCCUAUCAAGGGUGUCCGUGUUUGGCUUGGUACUUUCAAUAGUGCUGAAGAAGCUGCAAGAGCUUAUGAUGUUGCAGCACGCAGGAUCCGUGGCAAGAAGGCCAAGCUUAACUUUCCAGAGGACAGAACAUUUGCUCAGAAGUCUCGUGCUCCCCCUACUGCUCCUGAAGUACCCAAGCCAAGAACAUCACGGGAACAUAUUUUCGUACCAGCAGUCAACAAUCUUGGCAACCGAAGUUCUUUCGUCUACCCAUCUGCUAGCUUUGCAUCAAAGCAUCCAGUUGUUCAGCUUGACCACGUGUCAAUGAGCUCUGUUGCCCCUGUUGAAGCUCGUGUUACAAAUAUGUACUCUGACCGCGGAACUAACUCCUUUGGGUGCUCUGACUUGGGCUGGAAUUACCACACCAAGGCUCCACAUAUAUCAUCCACUACACGCAUUUCUACCAUUGUCGAAGGAGAUGGAUCUCUGCAUGUCAAGAAUAACACCAACAACUUAAUGGUGCCUCAUGUUAUGGAGAAUAAUGCUGCCAAUUUUGAACCUUGGAUGAGAUAUCUUAUGGAUAAUAGCGUGGAUGAGAUGAUUGAUAGCCUACUGAAUUUUGAUGUGCCUCAGGAUUCCAUUGGCAAUAUUUCUAAGGGAACCAAACCCUCUAUAUCGGGACAAAGGGAAUAAGACUUUGGAAGCUUUGGAAGCACCUGUUUUCUCCUCUGCCUAGCAUAUGGUUAUGUUCAAGCUUAGAUGCAAAAAAGGUGCAUCAUGAGCCUGUUUUGUAAUUGACUCGCUCCCUAGUUGAUUGUCGCUAUGUGGCCGCCCUCUAUGAGUCUGAUACAUAGUUGUCUUGUAUUUUGUCAACUUUUAUGUCAUCCCUACAAUUUCUGAAUGUGAACUUCAUGAAUCUAUGUCCAGUUUGCUUUAAU